GAUGGAGAGGAUUUCGAAUGUCAGCCGGGACAGUGGUCAUCGCAGGAGGAAUUCUGGCUACAGUCAUCUUACUGACCAUCAUCGCUGUACUGUGUUUAUGUAGGUUGCAGUAUUACUGCUGUAAGAGGGAGGAGUCUGAGAAGGGGGGAGAGGAGGAACCAGAGCUCUCCAGCAUGUCGCCGUCGCGCCCCCUGGCUCUGCCCGCCCCCCCUUCGCCUCCGACACCGGAGCAUUACCUUGAAGCGGAGCCAUUCCGUGAGCCGUUCCGAGAACCGGAGCCCUACACCCCCACCUUCCUCACCGAGGCCAACGGGCCGACCAGCUACUCCGCCACGCCGCCGCCGCCUCGCAGGUGCCAACGCUCACAUGCCUUCUGCCCGUCCUGCGCUCGCUGCACACUGCCCUUCUACCUGCAGCACCCCGAGCGGCUGUGCAACGGCGGGCGCAGGAUAAGCUACAGGACUGUGCAGCAGGAGGACCUGGAGCUCCCCAUAGAUCUGGCCAGCUUCUACCAGAAGCUGAACCUUAUCCGCUCCGUCACAAUGAGGGAGGUGGUCACACACAGCGUCAGCACCGACGUCUAAGAGCGGACAGAGCGGAGGCAGCGCCGGGACUAAACCUUCAUUUAUACAAACAGCGCUGUCUCCAUUCUGUCUGCAGACACUCUUCUUCACAUGUCAGUGCCUGCUGUGCUGUGGGUGCAGCACAGCAGGCACUGACAUGAAACACACUGAGGGCUUUUAGCUAAUAUGGAACUUCUCCUGGCAGCCAUAUUGGACGUCUACAGCUCUGGGGCAAGUGCUUACGGCUGAAUGCACUUCUGUUCAGUCUGAUGGACUCGAACGACUCUGACUUGAUAUUUUCUAACCUAAUGUCUGUUUCUAUGUGUUUAGAGAAUUAGCUUUUUUGCUGUUUAGCUAGUUAAGCUGCUAACCGACGUAUGUGUAUCAAAAUGUAACCAAGAUGAUUUGAGCUUUGCCUGUAGAGCUAACACAGAUUUUGUUUUGAUUGCACCAAACUAGAGACAGAGGUGGCUGUUAGAGUCCUGGAUGAUCAGAAACAAGGCUGAUGGCUUAUCAGCUACAGACACAAAUAAUGAGUCUCAAAGAAUCCCACAUGCUGACCAAAACCAAGACUGAUUUGAUACAUUAAGAAUUAUCUGUCCUGCAAAAAUGGAUCAAAUGAAGCUUGCUAUAUUUAAUCCAACU